CACACAGUUGCCACCAUUCGCCCCUCUCUCACCACAGCAGUUCUCCCAUCCAGGCCCCGCUCCAACCCGGCGUCAGGCAUGGCGCCUCAGGGGCGGGAUCACCUGGCCACACGGGAGUCUGCAGGUCGUAGACGGAGCCCAAAUGUGCGGUACACACUCAGCCCAGAGAAUCUUCGCAGCUUAGCUGAGCGUGGUGGGGCCGAGCAGGCUGGAGUUGGACUCCUCAGAGCCAACAGUGAUACAGACUUGGUCAGUUCUCAAGGGCGAUCCUCACUCACAGCUUCUACUUUAGAGUUCACUCUGGGCCGGGGCCAGAACUUGGUCAUCUCAUGGGAUAUUAAGGAAGAGGUGGAUGCCACAGACUGGAUUGGCAUGUACCACAUAGUGUACUGA